UUAGCCUAGAGAGUGAAUGUCUGCGAAGCUCUAGCGAGCUUGAAAUGGGGGAGCCCAAUUUUAUCAAAUGUGUUGUUGUGGGGGACGGGGCGGUGGGCAAGACAUGUAUGCUGAUGAGUUACGCUACUAACAAGUUUCCAACGGAAUACAUACCUACAGUGUUCGACAAUUACGCAGUGACGGUCAAUAUUCGAGAACAUCCAUAUCAGCUUGGACUUUUUGAUACUGCUGGACAGGAAGAGUAUACGAGUCUGAGACAGUUGUCCUAUACUGAGACCAAUGUGUUUCUCGUCGCGUUUUCGGUGGUGAUGCCAGAGUCGAUGAAGAACCUUGAACAGAAGUGGGUGCCAGAGAUCCGACACAACGUGCCGAGGGCCCCGUUUCUCAUUGUUGGAACGCAGAUAGACCUACGGGAUAACGAACUUACGAGGCAGAAACUGCAGAAACGUCGGCAGAAACCCGUCACACUCGAGGAAGGGGAGAGGUUGUCAGCAAAGCUUGGCGCUAAUUCUUAUGUGGAGUGCUCCGCACUUACAAAAAAAGGACUGAAGGACGUGUUUGAUGAAGCAAUACUAGCCGUACUUGAACCCAAAGUGCCAGAAAAACGGAAAAGGACAAGGAAGUGUGUAAUUUUGUGAUAUAUGUUGGUAAAAGGUAACCGACCGUUACAUUAUAUACCCAUUCUAGAAGAAGAAGAAAUAAUCAAGAAAACCAUAGCUGAUGUUUUGCAGAACGUAAGAAGUACGCACAUCAAGUUUGAACAGUAACACCGUGUGUUCGCAUUCCACUUGUAACCUCAAGUGUCAGACUGCUAAGAAUCUUGAGAAAUUUCUAAAUUUAGUAUAUAAUAUGUGAGUAGAAUGCACAAUUAUUCUCAAGAAUACGGGUGGGUUUUGUGGGUUAUUGGUUUUUAAAUAUCUCUUAGUAUGGUUCUCAGUGGCGGAUCCAGAGGGCAGUUUUUGAGGGUACACCCCGUUCCGAGUGGUGCAAUUGCUUUAAUAAAAUGGAUGUGUACAGAUAAAUUAUGAUAAAUUUACAAAAAAAUAAAAAAAUUUUUUUUAAAAUCCAAAAUGAUUGACCACAAAACAGAUGUUUUGUUUUAAAUGUCAUUUCUUUUGUAGAAAGUCAUAAUAACUUUACUUUUGUUAUUACUAAUAUGAAGAAGAAGAAGAAAAACUGUUUUGUAAAUGAAGCAUUUUUUGUUGCACCUUUUAAAGUAAAACCUUGGAUCUGCCACUAUUUUCCCUUAUUGCCAAAAAAAGAAGAAGAAAAAAGCAUUUAUUAUAGGGCAAUAAAGAUUUUAUUUCAAUUUUUUUUUUCUCGAUGGAGGAGUGGUCCUUAAUCUGAAAAUAACUUUAUAAAUAAAAGAAACAAAUGCA